UCGAACGCAGUGUCGCAGACUCGCAGUAUUGCAGUUGCACUCAGUUGCAGUAACGUCGUAACCUCGUAACGAACAUACAGUACUCACAACGACAGUCUAGUGAAGAGCGGCCGCCGAGAUCAUCGAUUGACAUCCGUCCGUUCACCUACCGACCUACCAUCGUACGACGUACAUAAGUACAUUCUCGGCACGUCCUCCUUCUCAGUUUCUCACCGAGGCCAGUGGUAUCGUCGACUGCGACGGCAAGCGGAGCUUAGCUGUUCACCGCUGCAUACCAACGGAUUUUCGUUCUGCGUCAUCUCCUCCUCAAUGAGAGAAAGAAUACCGUAAUUUAGAUGCCGGGAGUUCAUAAUUUAGGUAAUGGUACCUUUACUUCCUCGGAGAUGACUUUGCACACCCAUCAUCGCCUACCUGGAGGUCCGUGUCACAAAAUGACAACGGAUUAUUGUAUUGUCAUCCAAGACCAAGGUCUAUACCAAUUUUCAGAAUUUUUCAUUGUCAAUAAAUCGAGCGCGCAAGAUUUGAUUACAGACAAACAGACGUGAAAGCGACCUUAAGAAAAAUUAAGAAGUAAAUUACUAAAUAAUGUAACCAAGUGGAAUAAUAAUUUUUACCAUACAAGAAAAAACCUGCAUUUACAAUGAAUGAAAAAGAUGACAUAUGAACGAGGUCUACUACAUUUACCUACUUGUUAUUCCAUUAACACUUAAAUGGAAGUCAGUGUGUAGUAUGGUCGUGAAUUUGGAUGAACCACCUUUUCUUGCUGUUGGGACGGAAGUAAGUGCCAAAUACAAAGGGGCAUUUUGCGAAGCAAAAAUCAGAAAAAUAUCAAAAACUGUAAAAUGCAAAGUUCAAUAUUCUAAUGGAAUUUCUACAUUUGUCACAGAUGAUGCAGUGAAAGGACAAUUAAAGGUGGGAGCUACUGUUGACGUAAAAUGUAGUGAUAAAAAAGAAUUUGUUCAAGCAACAAUUCAAAAAAUUCAAGAUUGUAGUCAAUACACUGUUGUAUUUGAUGAUGGGGAUAUUACAUGUUUAAAAAGAACAGCACUAUGUUUGAAAAGUGGAAGACACUUUGCUGCUAGUGCCACACUUGAUCAACUUCCUUUAACACACCCUGAACAUAUUGGUGUUACACCUGUAAAAACCACUAUAGUACAAGGUCGUAGGAGUCAAAAACAUAAAAAAAGUUCUGGGGAAAGUGGAGAAGAAGAAGCUUCAUCAAUGGAGGAAAAAGAUAUUGGAAAAGUUGUAUGUGUAGAAGCUAAUGAUAAAAAAAAAGUACGAGACAAUUGGUUUCCUGGUUUGAUAGUUGCACCAACUUCACAAUCCUCAGUGAAAACUAAUGUUGCAGAAGACUACUUAGUUCGUUCAUUUAAGGAUGGAAAAUACUAUACAGUACCAAAAAAAGAAAUUACUGAAUUUACAAAAGAAAUUGGCGCUAGAGUGGAAAACCCUACACUUAAAACUGCGGUUGAAAAAGCCCUAUUCUUUCUUGACAAAGAUGAACUCCCGCCUCACUGGGAUAGAGAUUUGUUAUUUGGUGUUGAUAAAAUUUGUGUUGCUACAGAUAGUGAAGCAUUUGAUAGUGAUAAUUCCGAUGAAGAAUCAAUAGAAGAGARAGAUCAUUUUGUCGCACAAUUGUUUAAAUUUAUGGAUGACCGAGGAACUCCCCUUAAUCAGGCCCCAGUAAUUAAUGAGAAAGAUGUUGAUUUAUAUAAACUAUUUAAGGUUGUCAAUAAUUGUGGCGGGUAUAAUAAAGUAAAUAAAGGUAAAUUAUGGAAGUUUGUUGCAAAUAAAGCUGGACAUGAACAACAGUCAUUUUUUUCUGUUAAACAUUGUUAUCAACAAUAUUUACAUAGUUUUGAAGAUUUUUAUCGAAAACUUGGAUKUACUAUGUUGAGUCAUCCAAGAGGAGUAAGAUCACGUAGCAGAUUUAGUCGCAGCAUUAUUAGGGAUGUUGAUAAGGCGUUACCUAGCACUUCAUCAGCAACUGAUAAAAAUAAAUGUGCAAAAAAUGAUUUGAAUGAUAAAAAAAAGGAUUCUACUGUAACUAAAAAAACAGCAAAAGCUAUUAAAGCUGAAGAAAAACAUCAAAAGAACAAUGAAGAAACAUCAAAGAAAAGUGAUAAAAAAAAAGAAGAUAUCGCCAAUAGCAUGUUACGUAACAAACAAUCAGUGAAAUGGGAUCCAGAAAUAAUAGAAACAAAAGAUCCAGUUAAAAAUUCUAAAACUAAAAAAGAAAUAAAAGAAAUCGUAAAAAAAGAUAUAAAAAAAGAGAUAGAUUCAGAUACAGUAGAUGAUGAUCUAAAUAUUGCAGAUAAAAAAGUAGAUAAAAAAAAAUAUUCAAGAAAUUUAUUUGGAAAAUCAGUGCAAAAAACUAUCAAAAAAGAAAAAGUUGUUAAAGUAAAAUCUGCAAAUACCGGGUUGCCAGGAAUGAGAAAAAUGAGGGCUAUUAAAGAACAAAUUAAAACCUUUGUUAAAGAAAUGACUCCAUUCAAAAAGUCUAAAAGAGGAGUUUCGAAUACCCAACAAGAUGCUUCAAAUAAAGGAAAAGCAGAUGAAGAAGUACCAAAACUUACGCGAUCAAAGACCAAAGAAGAAUUACCUACUAAAUCAAGGAGAGUUUCAGUAUUAAGUGAUCUUGCUGAUAGUGCUUCUAUUGUACAACUUGCACAGCCUGGACUUCUUGUAGAAAACCUAAUAAAAAUUAAAAAAGAGGAUGGAUCUGAAAAGAAGAAAACUGUAAGAAAGAAAAAGGAUGAUAAAGAAGAGAAAACUUCUUCAAACGAUAUAAUUCCUACACCUGUUAAUAUUGAAAAUGUACCAUUUGAUAAAGACUCACCAGUGGUUGUUGGAGAUAAUUUAGUAGUAUACUAUGGAGAUAAACAAGCAACAACUUAUGAUGCAAAAGUCAUUAAUGUGUGUGAUAUUGAGGGAGUAAUGAAAUAUUACGUACAUUAUAAAGGAUGGAAUUCACGUUAUGAUGAAUGGAUAGAUGUGAUGCGUAUUGCUUAUAAAACUAAGGAUCCUGAACCAGGACCUGAAGUUGACAAUGACGCAGAUUCUUCAAAAAGUAGUCCUUCGGAACCAAAAAGUAUAGAUCAAAAAAAGUUACCAUCAACAAGCAGUAGAACCAGAAGAUCAGUUACUCCACUCACAUCAAAUUCAAAUGUAAAAAAAUCACCUUUUAGCAAUGCUCGACCAACCAGAAUAUGUACUUUGACUGAUCGUCCAUUAUUCAAUAUUGAUAAUUCCGAUUCGGAAGGAGAAUACACAGCAAGUGUUGGAUCAUCCAAACAAUACAAUAAAAAAAAAGUUAUAAAAUCUGAACCUGGUGUUAUUAUAAAAACUGAGCCAUUGGAUUCUGAUAAUCAGAAAAAGACGUUGUAUCCAAAGACAUAUCCUAGUAAAGAAGUACUUAUGCAGCGAAGUGCACCUAGAAAACCAAAGUCAUGUAUGUUUAAAGUUCAUAGCAAUAAAUCUGAAGAAGUUGAGAUUUCUGAACAAGAUAAUCUUAAACCUCCAUUUGAUUUAAAUUUUGUUAUGCCGCCACCAAAUGAUAGUAUAAAACCAAAUGCAGAUAAUGAAAAUGUAGAAGCGGAAAAAGAAAGUAAAAUAGAUGAUGGUAUACAAAUUGAACCAAAAAUUGCUCCUAAUCAUUAUUUGUCACCUAAAGGAAAAUCCGAAAAAAAUGAUCUACAACAUAUUUCUGAUUCUUCAAAAUGUGGGGAUGAAGAAGUCAUAAUUAAAUCCGAACCGUUAACAAUUCCAACAAAAUCAGAAAUUUCAAGUAUCAUCUAUUACUCAUCAUCCUCUGACGAUGAAGAACAGAAGCAAUUUAAAAAAGUAACAGAUAUCAUCUCUUCCUCAUUAGAUGAUAAAUCUGAUGAAUCUAAAAUAUCUGGUACCGAUUUUGAUCUUAAUAAAAUAAGAUCAGAAAUGAAGGGACUAAUGCCAACUUCAACAAAUAGUAAUAAUGAUGUUAUUCAAAAUACAGAAUCGUCAAUAUUAGAUCAACAAAUAGAAACAGAAGUUUCCAAAAUCAAUGAACAAGUCACAGACGAUGUUUACGAAUUUAAAGAAUCUGAAUCAUGCAAUUUCGAUAAUAUUUCUUCUGUCACCGAAGAAAAAUUUUGUAGAACUCUAAGACAUGAUUCACCAAAAUUAUUUAGCUUAGAGAAACCUGAUGAACCACCAAGAGUCAUUGAUUCUCCAACACUAGAGAAAAUUGGUGAACAAAAUGGAUCCAUGGUACCUUUUGUGCCUAAUAUCAAUAGCAUUUAUACAGUUGAUAAUAAUGUUGAGAUAAAGGUAAAUGAAAAUUUGAACAUAAUAAAUAAAAUCGAAAAUCCAAUUAUGAGAAAUCAAUCUGACAAUGAGUCUAAUGAAUCCCAAAACUUAUUAAUAAGCAAUGUUGCAGUAGAUACGUCAAAUAUAAAAGAAAUUAAUCGACAUUUUGAGGAUGAAGCAAAUGUUUCUGAUUUAAAAGAUGAAGUUUUGGAUUUGUGUAUGAAACCACCUGAAUCACCACCUACCAACAUUUUUAGUAUGCCAGAACAAAAUGAACUCAAUGACAUGAUUGUUGAGGAAGAUGAUGAUGAAGAUGAUGAUGAAGACGAUGAUGAAUCGAAAUUGGUAAUAGCUGAAAAUGAUAAAAUAGAAUCUGAUUUUCAAAUGGAUUCUGAUCUUGUGGUUAUUAGUGAAGAACAUAAUUCUUCCAAUGUAGAGAUUGACAGAAAUAUAGAAGCACAAUCCUUACCACCACUCCCACCAAGUAUACAUACCAAUAUUGAAUUGGAGAGUAAAAGUUCAUCUAAAAUAAAAAGAGCUAUUAGUAUACCAAAAGAUACAGAUGAUGAAAGUACUACGUCAUGUAAUGAGAGCAUUCAAAAUGCCCUUAUUCAAAGUUUCCAAAUGUAUUCACAUUUUGAAAACCAUUCUAGUCAAAAUAGACUUUAUAUGGAUAAUAUCGAUGACAAUACAAAAGCUGGUUUUGAAUUUGAUUCAAAUUCAAAAUCACCUACAAUUGAAGAUAGAGAAAUCCCUGAAUCUGGAACUAAGCUUGAUUCGUUGGUUAAUGACAAGUCUGAAAAAUCUAAUUUUGUAUUUGACAAUGUUAAAGAUAAAUUUAAAAAAGAAAAAACUAUAGUGCUACCAGAAUUGCAAUGUAGAGAAGAAAUAGUAGAUGAAGAUACUCUCAAUAAUUCUUUAGUUAUAGAGUACAAUCGUAAAUCUGCAGAAUAUGACAUUCAUAAGCCCAGUACUAGUAAAGGUUUCUUUGAUUCAAUACAUCAGCCAGGUACAAGCAAAGAUAGUUUGUAUGAAGCUAGUCAAGCAGUAAAAAAUAAGCAUUUUGAUACAAACGUCCCUGAAAAAAAUAGUUUAUUUGAUCUCAAUAUUCCUAGUUGCAGUAGCAAAGAUAUCUAUCAUAACAUCCCAAGUACUAGCAAAAGCAGUUUCUAUGAAAAUUCUUUGCCGAGUACUAGCAAAAGUUUUUACAAUCCAGAAUCUGAUGUAAAUAGUGUUCUAUUUUGUGAAGAAACGAUACCAGGCAGUCCAACUGGUACGUCAGAAGAACAAUAUGAACAAGAGGAAAGAAAAAAAGCUCUUCAAGCACUCUAUGAAGCAAGAGAAGCGGCUUCAGCUAUGUAUGCUAUGAAUCAAUCUUUUCGUAGCCCAAUGGUAACAUUGAUGGGUGCUACGGAUGAAGAAAUGGAAGAGUAUACCAAUAUUCUUCAAAAAGAUGAAGCAUUACUUGAUCAACAACAUUUACAGUUCUUAGCUGAAGUUUCUAGUAGGAAUAUUGGUAUAAAUAUAAAUGAACCGUCAGUUACGGAACCACUUGAAAGAGAACCAGAGAAAACAGUUGAGAAAAUAGUAAAGCCAUCAGAAAAACUACAAUCUAAGCGCAAAAUAAGCAGUCAUGAUCAACCAUCUAAACGCAGUAAAUUAUCUACUACUACUGCUCCUUUACCUUCAGUAAGUCGUGCUAAACAACUAGAUGAAGACAUAAUACCGUUAUCCCCAAGAGAUGGCAAACCAAUUGUUAAAUACACUCCAGGAAUGAAUUCAGCCCAAAGGCAAGCUAUUUUAAUGGCCAAAAUAGAUGAUUUACGUAAAGAAUUUAAAACAGUGAAUGGUCGUUUAUCUGUGGUUCAUAGAAGAUCGAAAAAAAUUAAUAAACGAAAAAGGGAGCAAGCCAAAGCUGCUAGCUUGAACCAAAACAGACAUUUACAAGUAGCUAGUGGUGCUAGCACAUCUAAAUAAAUCCGCCUAUUAAAAUUUAAGUAUGAGAUAUAAUAUAUAUUAACUAUUUGAUAUAAUAUCAUUGAGAAUGUAAUUCUAAAUAAUAUUAAAUACUUCAUUGUAUUUAUUUGUUUUUAUACCUUCAAUUGAAGAAUAUCUUAUUUUUUACUCAGUAGACUAGACAUUUUUAUGACAACAUAUUAAAAUUUAAAAUUGUACCCUAUUUAAUGUUACCUAGCUAUUUAGUAUUAGUUCAGUGACUUUGUGUGUUAGCACUUAGUUAAAAAAAUGUUUAGUUUCAAAAAUUUUUUUUUUUUUUAAAUUCAAAUGCAAUUUAAGUUUAUUUAGCUGUUAAAUUUGUUUUUUUUGCUAAGCUUUUGAUUUGUGAGUGUGCAGAGGAAAAUUGUGCCUUAUAAAGAUAUUAUUAAGCGUGUAAAUAUUAAAGUAGUAUUUAAACAC